GCCCAAUGCUUCGUCUCUUUACAGACCUUCACAUUGAAGCUUCCUCCCUCUGACCCCCCUCAGUCGUCUAUUUUUCUUCAUUUUAUUUCUUUUCUUUCUCUGUGUCUGUAUCCUUUCCUUGCGUAGAGAAUUGAGUAUCCCUUUCCCUCCCUCACGACACUUGCGAUUCCACAGCAUGUCGUUUCUCAUCCGGUUGAAACAAGACCUUGAUGUGGCGGGCAAGUUUCCUCUGAGUUCUCAUUACAUGUAUCGUAUUUUCGGUCUUGGGGGAGAGCGCAUACUAUCAGCAUUGGUGGGACUUUACAAGGAUUGCGGACACGACUUGUCUGACACCCUUCAAACUAUCUGCAAUACCUUCCAUGACAACCCCACUUACAUCAACUAUGUCAUGGAGCACCUAAAAGCUGGUGACUCCUUUGAAUUUACGGAUGACUUUGCUUCCACCCACUGUUUGCGCAUCACCUCUAAUGGUAACACAACAUACCGCGCUGCAUUUGGGUUGAUAAACCUCAGUGGCGCGAAGAGCUACAAGCUGGAUUACAAGAUUCUAUCCCUUCUACGAGUUGCCCUUAUUCAGAGGGAUCGUCAAGAUGCUGUGGUGACCCUCCGAGGAGGGGAUGCCCACCGAGCGCUAGUGCUCAUGUUAAAGCUACUGGACGAGGAUAAUUAUUGGAUGAAGGAGAUGCCUACCUCCGGCGAGGACUCCCGAAGAGUCUUGCGACGACUCAUGACCAAGCUGGCGCAGCAGUCGGGUGUCCUUCCCGCUUCCUUGUUUUUGCACAACGUUGGAUGUCGAAGUCGCAACAACCCAGUUUUCAACGGAGGUUUCGCAGAUAUAUACAAAGGCACUCAUAAAGGUCGAUGUGUUGCCAUCAAGCGCCUACGCUCUUGGAUAGAAGUAAAAGAUGUGGUCAGACAAAAAACGACACAGGAUUUUAAGCAAGAAUGUCUUAUAUGGCGUUUUCUUUCUCAUCCUAACAUCGUGCCUUUACUCGGCGUCAAUGAGACGCUGUUUUCUGAGGGACCCUGUAUGGUCUCUCCCUGGUCUGCCUGCGGUAACCUUAAGAAACACAUGGGGGACCUUCAAGACAACGGCACCCCUGCAUCUGCAUCCCAGAUGAACAGAUGGAUCCUCCAGAUUGCCGGAGGUCUUGCUUACCUUCACACCCAGGGUAUAGUGCAUGGGGAUCUGUGUCCCAACAAUGUGUUGGUCAAUGAGAAUGGUAUCGCCCAGGUUGCAGACUUCGGCCUCGCCGUCUAUUCUGACGGCGGUAGCGAUAACUUUGGCGUCACCCACAGUAAAACGACUUCGCGUCGACAUGCACCGGAGAUUCUAAACUCUGCGGCAUCCGGUCUCCAGGCUCUGAAUCGUCUCACUUUUGCAGUCGAUGUGUAUGCUUUUGCCUGCGUUUGCGUGGAGGUUUACACCUCUAAGGAGCCUCUCCGCAAACCGACCGACGGCCAAGUUUCUGACAUGACUUGCAAUCAGCAAAGGCCAGAACAGCCCUCAACACCUCAGGGCGUGAAGAUGGAUGACGCAGUGUGGAAGAUCGUCAAUACUUGCUGGGCGCACCUUCCUGAGGACCGUCCUACCAUGGUCGAUGUCCAUAAACGGCUAUCGCUUCUUGAGUCUAGUUGGAGAUGAUGCUGAAGCAUCACCUCAACUUCACCAAUUCCUCUCCGUGGUGGCCGUCAUCACCGUCUUUCCUGCUAUUCACGACAGCCGUGCCAUAGGCACAGGCGUAACGAUACGACUCUUUCCAGUUCUCGUCUAUUUCGUGCUUCUAUUUUUUGAAACUUACUAAUUUUUUUUCGGUGAACUUGCUACCUGGAACGUUUCUGCAUUACUAUUGAGAUCUCUUUUUUUUCUCUGGGUUAUCAUUAAACUGCGUAUGGCGCACAUGUACAAUUGGAUAUCAUCUUACAACCUAGAUCUGCACAAUCCUGCUACCAUCAUCCACUCUUUUGUCACCGUUAUACAUAGCUGCAUUGGUUGCGUGGAUGUAGCCGCUAUGUCUCGCUGCAUCGAUUAUAUGAGUGUAACAUUAAACUCAAAUAUAUUAGUAGUAACAGUUCAAUAGCUUACAAUAAAAUACCCAACGAUGUGUCACAAUUGACGCUUGGAUCAUCG